AUGACAUGGAUUGUUGCAAAACAAGUGAUAAUAGUUAACCAAAUUAUGAGAUUGUAUAAAUAUGAACGUAACAGCGCGGAGAGGAUUGUGGCAACCCACUCAAAGCUGACCAACAUUACUGCUCCAAUUGCUGAAUUUGUUGAGGUUGCAGCUGGUUUGCCUUUAGAUAUCAUGCAAGGACCCAACGAUCCUGCUAAUUUCUCAUUACCACGGAAGCUUUUCAUAUGCCUUUUUCCUGGUUUGGCAGCUUAUAACACCUUUAGAUCUUUUACAAAUCCUCAUUCUUUUGAGAUUGAUAAUAUCGGGUUUCAUGGCACAUCAGGUCAGAAUAUAGAUGAUCUUGAGAAGUAUUCGGAUGCAAAAGAUAAACUUGAAUUUAUGGAAAGGACACUAAGGUGGAGGCAUUUAGCACCCAGAGCACCUAAUACUGUAGGAUGCUAUCCUUAUACUGAUAGGGAUCCCUUCUUCACUGAGAGCUGUCCUCAUCUGUACUUUGCUGGCAUCAUAAAGGGAUCUGAAGGGCAGUUUGGGAGACUCAUAAGCGUCCCGAAAUUCAGUGAAUCUGGCAUUGCAGUUGUGGUGAGUGACAAUGAAGAUUGUAACAUCAGCAGCAUAUUUGAAGAAGCUUGUGAUUUUAUAGAUUAUGUUGAGCAGAUUGGUCAGAAAGUUUUAGUGAAGGAAGCUCUAUGUUUUUAA